AUGGCUCCCCUUCCAGACUCGACGAUGCGCGUCGCGAACGCAGCAACGACGGCCGAGAUAGCCCCUCGCAACGCAAACCCGCUCCCCGACAAGGUCAUCAAUGCCGACAUACGCAUACGGUCGAUUGAAGACGAGCUUCAGCGCAGCGGACAGACUCCCCCAACCCAGGAGACUCUCGUGGAGAGCACGCCCACCAAGGAACAUGGCGACGCGAGUGUAGAGUCGCAAAAGAACUGGUGGGCCGAGGCCAUUGCCGAAAACAUGGAUCUGGCAGAUGGCUACACCAAAGUCGCAGUGCUAUUGAUCAAGUGGGAGGACGGUCUCGACGAGCUCAUGACUGGUGACGAGGCCAGAGAACUCGCAUCCCUCUUCAGCGAUCGCUUUUACUACCAAACCAAGACGGUCGAAUUGAAUGUACGAGAGAAGCCACAGCACCAGCUCAACAAGCACGUCAGUCAAUUCAUCUGCGAGCAUGACGGAACACAGAGUCUGCUCAUUGUCUACUAUACUGGGCACGGCGUUUAUCAAAAGUCCACCAAAACUUUGGAGCUCACCGUCACUCAAAACCCCGAUGAAGAGAAAGGCCUUAGCAAGAUAGGCCAUGCGAGCUGGAACAUGGCAGAGGAGCAGCUCCGCCAGCCAAUCGUCGAGGCCGACGUACUGACUAUAUUGGACACUUGCUACUCUAGCAAUCUUGUCAAGUCCAGCCGGCAGGAAGAGAAGAAAUUUGAGCUACUUAGCGCCUGUUACAUCGACGAGACGACUGCCGCCCCCGGCCCCAAUUCGUAUACCCGUGCUUUCAUCGACGCUGCCACAUACUUCCUCGACAAAGAUCCCAAGCGUCCGAUAUCUACCUUCAGCCUAACACAGCGCAUAAACGAAGACAAGAGGCGCAUCGAUACACCGUCGCACCUCUGGGGCCGUAGCCGGAUCCCCCAGCCAAAUCAAGAGCACAUCUUCUUGACGCCCCUCAGUCCUGCCAAAGCCGAUGCUUUACACCAAUACCGUCCAAGAGCCAAUGGGUUCUUGACCUUACGAUUCGGUCUCCGCGACGCCUCGCUGAACCAAGCACAAAUUGAUUACAUGGCCAAGCUUCUUACAAAGGCAUGGAACAACAAGGAUUCGAUAGGCUUGAGGAGAAUCGACUGCAUAGAAAUGAAGCCGGCACCACCACUGUCGCACUUCGAGCGCGUGACAUCCGUCCUGCGUGUCAAAGCGCAGUGGAAGAGGGUCAUUGCUAGGAACAAGGAGAGAAAACAGUCGCAGAACGGCGGUGAUGCGAACGGGUCGGUGAAGCGCGCAUGCGAGGACACAAACGAACUACCACAUGCCAAGAGGCAGCACCUGGGCCCAAUACCCCCGCCAUCACCGGCGGUAUCGGACGCCUAG